UACGGUUAUAGGUGCGAUUUACACUUUUUUAAGUUGAUUUCCAGUUUUUUUAGUUUAGUUUGAGUAUUAGGUUAAUUUCUUUAGGUGCGCAUGGUGAAGUAUAGUGUAGUGUAGUUUAGAAAAGUGUUGUGUAUUGUAGUGUAGUUUAGUACGCAGGGCAGUGUAGAUUUAGUGUAAGGAGAUUAUUUUCGUAACGUACGUUUCGUGUACGUUUUGUGGUUCAAUUUGUUGUUCCUGCGUGGAACGUGUGUUCCUGUGUUCCUGUGUUCCUGUGUUUCUGUGUUCCGGCGUUUUCUUGCAAUUCUGUUUUUGCUACGAUAUGGAGCAUAAUGAGGAAAGUGUGGGCAACGGUUGCCCUAUGAUUGACAUCAUGUCAGCCCCAGUUACAGAACCCUAUCCACAAACCAUGCAGCCCUCCGUAAGUGAUAUCGUCUCACAGAAUCUCACUCCACCGGAAGAAACUCCGAACGAAAAGAAAGCAAGGCUUCAAAGGAAGCGACAGGCGUUGUACAGGGCCAAGAAGCGCCUCCCGGGUGCAGCUCCUACGCUGGCAGCUGUACAGGACGACCAACAGGCUGUACCUUCAACUUUGGCCGGGUCAUCCUUAUCAGCAGCUUCUGCAAUCCUGCAACAACAACAACGAAGGAAUACGGACGACGAAUUGCUCAAUGAAAUCGCUGGACGAUACUCCACCCCACCGGAUGAAAUACCACCCGAGAAGAAGGCAAGGCUCGCCAGAAAGCGACAAGCGCUGUACAGGGCCAAGAAGCGCCUCGCGGGAGCAGCUCCUACGGUGGCAGCUGUACAGGACGACCAACAGGCUGUACCGUCUACUUCGGCCGGGACAUCCUUAUCAGGAGCUCCAGCAAUCUUGCAACAACAACAACUACGAAGGAAUAUUGACGAUGAUUUGCUCAAUGAAAUCGCUGGACGGUACUCCACCCCACCGGAUGAAACACCACCCGAGAAGAAGGCAAGGCUCGCCAGAAAGCGACAGGCACUGUACAAUGCCAGGAAGCGCAUGGUGCAAACUCCGAAUGUCGCAACUGUGGUCAACCGCGCCCCAGCACCAGCAUCAGCACCAGUACCAGCACCAGCACCAGCACCAACACCAGCAUUGGUAGACCCAACUGCAGCAGUUGCUAUCCGAGUGCCAAUACAUCAGCAGCUACAAACAUACGUGCGCCAUCUUCGCGACCAUGAAGCAGAUCAGCAGCGACAAUUCAUAGCCCGGCGUCGUAUGACCGGCCAUCUGAGAGUAGCACAUGGGAACCAUGAGUCGUACAGUUGUCCCUCGCUUCAUACGCUUGCACCACGCGUACCUUGCAAUUUCUGUUCCGCUCUCAAGUGGCCUGGAGAGCCGCCCAGUGUGUGCUGCAACAGUGGACAAGUUGUGCUUCCACCGUUUCCCGAACCGCCAGCAGAGUUGCGCCAACUAUUUGACGUGCCGCAAUUUCUGCUCAACAUCCGGCGAUACAAUAAUGCGUUUGCCUUCACCUCUAUCGGUGCCUCAAUACGAGGAAAUGACCCAGUACGCCAGGAUCUACGAGUCGGUCACGGUGGAAUUUACAACUAUCGCAUACAAGGUGCGCUUUGCCAUCGAAUCGGUUCGCUCGCUGUGCUUCCAGGACGUCCACCAUGCUACGCACAGCUGUACUUUUAUGAUUCAAGCUCGGAGGGUCAGUACGACGAAAUGCUGAACGCUCGGGCCAUAGCAUAUGGUAGUGAGCUGAAUCGUGAAAUAUUGGCCAUUUUGCAACGUGUUUUUUCGACUCACAAUCCGAUUGCAGAGAUGUUUAAGCAUGCGUACGAACGGAUGUCUGUUCGAGAUGAUCUGCGGCUUUGCAUCCACUCGCGUAUACCAGGCAUCGAUCAACGGCGUUACAAUGCACCGACUGCAGAUGAAGUUGGUGGCGUGUUCGUGUGCGAUGAUACUACCGGAGCCACGGAACAUACACGCGAUAUUGUGCUGCAGCAUCGUGCCACAGGAUACUUGCAGCCUGUGUUUGAUACCAACCAGUUGGCAGAUGCACUCCAAUACCCGAUUCUGUUUCCGCGGGGUGAAACCGGUUGGACUUACGGUAUGCCAAAGGUACAGCGCCGAACCAGACAGCAGCAACAACCAAGCAGACCAACAAGUUCGAGCAACGGAGCGGCGCACAUAGAUGAAAAUGAUGAUGCUGCUGAGGAUCCUAAUCCUGAGUUGGAUGGAGCAGAGCGUUCAGCAAAUCAAAUAACGCCACGCGAAUAUGCCGCAUAUCGCAUAGCCUGGCGGGAAAACGCUCAAACGCUUAUGCAUCGUGCCGGACGAUUGUUUCAGCAGUACUGUGUAGACCAGUACUGUAAGAUAGAAAUGCAGCGGUUGAAAUAUUUGCGAGAGCACCAGGCACAACUUCGCACUGAGGCGUACACGGGCUUUAUGGAUCUUGCCGGCGCUGAAGGUACCAUCGCGGAUCUUCAUCCCGAUAAUUUGCCUAAUGUGGCUGUGGAAAUCCCUGUAGUGCAAGAACCACCUGUUGCACCCCGUCGUUCCAUCAUCGAUCCGCCCUCGAACCUGUCGCGUACGGGCACGCGUGUUAUUCUCGGACCAUCAUUUGUCGGUAGCAAUCGAUAUAUGCGAGCGCAAUAUCAAGACGCAAUGGCUAUUGUUCGAGCUUUGGGUAAACCGGACCUGUUCAUCACCGUCACGUGCAAUCCGAAGUGGCCGGAAAUCACACAGUGCCUACUUCCACGUCAGCAGGCCCCGGAUCGACCCGAUGUUAUCGUACGUGUCUUUCGGUUAAAGCUGAAAGCCAUACUGAAUGACCUAACCAUGGGAGCUCUCGGGAUUGAGGUAGCUCGCAUUCACGUGAUCGAGUUCCAAAAACGUGGCCUUCCCCAUGCACACAUACUCGUGAUUCUCGCCGAGGAAGGAUUUGACCAGUUUCCCAGGAAUGCCUCAGCUUUCGGAGUAUGAACACGUUCAGGCACAC